GGCGGAGGCAGCGUAACGUCAUGGUGUCACCGUCAGAACGAGGCGGUUUCAUCUGGGUUUGAUAUGCACACGCUCCUGGUAGCUCAAACCGUUUAACUGGAACGAGUGAUAAAUCCACUGGAACACAAACCAUCAACACCAAACAGAUUCAUUAUUAAAUUAACACUGUUAAUUUAUUAUUAAUAGUAAUAGGCCUAAUAAUAAUUGGACAUUUCGCUUUUACCCCAACAUCAAGAGAUGGAGAUCCUGAAUGCGGAGUUGAACAUCACACUCUUUGUGAAUGUUCGGAAUCGAACGCCGAGCCUCACGGGCUCCGGGUGGGGGGUGAUGAUGGGAGCGGGCCUCGCUGCUGAACCGAGGCCAAUGCCUCGGCAGGGCGUCGUAUCUGGCGGCGGCAGGGUGUGCCGCCGGGACCCCGGCCCGUUCACCCUGGGGACGCCACGGGUAGCUUAGCGCUAGCUAGGCCUGAGUUCACUUUAUUUAUUUUUGCCUCGAUUCAAUGUCAACGAUUGCAUUGUGUAUAUUUAAAUUUUGGGGACGAUUAUUGCUCAAAUCUCUUUGAACACUUGCCACACUUUGGUACUAAAUCGAUUCAUCCUCUUAACAUUUGGUUAAUCUUUUUCUCCGUUCCGGGGAACGGUAAUAACGGUAUUUAGAUAAACGGCGGCCCAAUUACCGGAUCAGUCCGCCGAGACUCUGCCGAUGUACGUUGGCCUUUGUUGGCGGGAAACGUCUUUCAUGCCAGGCUCGCGGUCCCCGUCGUCAAAGAGAAAAUAAGUCGCCCGUUUCUGCCGGGGAGAUUAUCGUGAUGUCUGCGUCUCCAGAGGGGGAACUUAUCUAUUACCGAUCAUUAACGCGCUGCAAACCGUUAUCCGAGGACCGCAUGUUCUCACGCUCAUUAAACCGGUGACCCAGGUUGGAAUGUAUUCACUGAUUUGCUUCAGCGGAGACCAAACACUUCUCGCUCGGUCUAGGAGUAAAAGACAUUCUCCAUCUGGGUUAUACUUCUCCUCCAUCUAAUGUUGUCGUCAUGCUACGAUACGACCACAUAAAAACUACCAGACUGCAGAGAAUUAUGGUAGAAAUUGGCCAAAACUCGAUUGAGGCUGUAGCACAAAAAGGAGCGAUCUUUGCCGCCAUAGAACAAGCUUUAGAGACUGAGAGAACAUUUAACCAUGUAGGGCAUGGAGCAGACGCUUUUAUCUAAAGCAACUCGCAGUUCAUACACCGAUGGCGGUGUCAGCCACGCAGGGCGACAGCCAGCUCGUCAGGAGCAGUUAGGGUGAGGUGUCUUGCUCAGGGACACCUCAACACUCGAACUAGCAACCUUCUGGUUUCAAGGCAACUCGCCCUACCUCCUGAGCUAAACCGACCCUAUAAAAACAAAGUGGACAGUCUAUCACGCUGUGCCCGUGUGUGGAUCAAAGGAGGGGCGGGCAAGCAUGGAUCAAAGUGGUCCUCUCCGGUUGCCAAGGUGAAACAAUGUCAUCUCCCAUCGCACCCACUUUUUAUUUUUUUAACCAAACGAGAGGAAACAAGUUGGCAGUGGACGUUGUUUAUAUGAAUAUCUUUAAAGCGUACCAGGUGCUGUCUUCCACCUCUCCGGUUGAAACCUGCCAGAGCUAUCUCUGACACGCUUUCGGGAGCUCCUGUUUCACCGCGUUACGUUUUACCCGACAGCCUGAACGGUAAGGCAGGAGUUCUGAAGACAAACCGAAACGAAGGAACUUUUGAUUGAAGAAACGAGAGGCUGUUACGUUUUGUUUAGGGCACUUACUCUUCAAACUUCCUCAAAUUGCAAAUUAGGAUUGAUUUCCCGGACCUGAUUGGGUAUACCUGCGUUGUUCGCCUCUUGAAUUGAACCUCAGCUGAAUUGGACAUUGAUUGCAUUUUGGCUGUAACUCGACUGUGUUGUCUCGACUCUGACUCCAAAUGCCAUCUAUAUGGUGCCGAAAACUUUAGCAUAGAGCACAAACCACUGCAUAUGUUUAGUUAUUAGUACACGCGUUCAAUAGCAACUACAAUCCUUUGUUGUUGUUGAUGGGAAGGCGUAAUUAAAGGUAAUUAAUGCACAGCAAUUACACCUCCGCCCCUACGCUCUGUCGCACUCUAAACGCUGCGUUUCUGUCCAUCUCUCCAACUGUUUGCAGCCGCUUUUCUGAUCUCCUGUAACGGAAGCUCUGUUGUUUUCACUUUAACAGACAACACUAAUAAGCAUUUGUCUCACCAUGACAGUUAAUACAAAAUAAAGAAUAAUCAUCACUUCUUCUCAAUGUCUGCUUCCAAAUAUAUUAUUGGUAGACAUAAGAUUUUAUGAUGUGACAGACAAACAAAAAAUAAAAUAAAAGAAUUCACUGAAAAAGUAAUAGCCGCAUUCACCAAGUCCACGUCUGUAAUGUUCCUCUAAAGGUCAGAGCUUAUGAAGGGCUUUCUAAACUGAUGACAGCAGUCACACUGAACAAGAGCUUUGUCCCAGUUUUUGACUCGAAAAAACCUACAUGGACCAAAAAGUCUGAAGCAGAAAUGUUACCCGUCGAUGGCUGAUGCAUUAUGCCUCCAUCAUGACUGUUGCCUGAUGAAAAUACCCCUCACAUUUAUAUCAAAGCCCUGUAGGCAUGUGCAGUUAAAAUAACGCAAAGUUACACCUAAAUGAGCGCCACCAUUUUCGGAGCAUAGGAGAAUUUGAAUGUGACUUACUCUGUUGGGAGUCAUGUUUUUUUGGUCACUGUUUAGUAAUUAAUCGCUAAAUGAUUCAUUAUAAUGAGAAGACGUUGUUGGGUUUUAAACUGCCAACACGUUUCUAAUCUAAGACAUGGCAAAACAAUGUUUCCAUUAGCUUUUAGGAUUUUAGUUACUCACUACAGCUCCCUUGAGAUCUCUCAAUAUGGCAGUCGGCCUGUAGCCGUCCUCUCCAUUUUUUUUUAUAACUGGCCUUUGCAAAAGCAUCUGCCCUCUCACAAAAUUAUUAUUCAAUUCAUUUAAUUAAGCGUAAAUCUUUGGGUCAAGAGCAUUUUCUCAACACGGCGGCAUGGCACAUGUUGUGUUCACCUCGGAGGCUUUCUGCAGUCCAACCCCGUCCUCCUCCAAACGGACCCGCGUCUGCGUCGCCGUCUGAACCGCCGGAGUGCGUUAAUUAAGAGUCUGACAGAUGUCCCGUAAAUAAUGAGGGGAGAGGGUGAAGGAGUGACCCGAGCGCCUGCCGCAGCUUCCUCCACGGCUGUCUGCCUCGUCCUCCGCCCCCUCCCGGGCUGGCGGGGGGGGGACGACGUCAUUAUUUACCACAACACCCAGUCUAACUCACUGUACCGACAGAGAUGUAUUGUUGGUUCUCUUCCUUCUGACACGUGUACGUUCUGUAAGUGGCUUCGGGUAAAAGCGUCGGCUAAACGCCCUAACUGUAAAUUAUAUCCUACGUUCUUUUGAGGUGCAGUGCCUCAAAGGAUUGUAAAAACAGAAAGACGUUGGGGAGGAAUAAAGUAAAUCCAACAUGUGAUUUUGAUAAUGCUAUGUUGGCGUGCUAUUAUGCUAAAAGUAUCACUUUCCCGAUUUAGUAGGCAUAGUACGCAGUUGGCUGCAAAUGCCAAAUUAGUUGUAUCGCUGGUAUUGACUGUGCAGUAUAGGGACUCAUUAAGUGUGUUUGUUUAUUCAUGUACUUUGUAUUCACCACUAAAUACAUUAAUCAACGCGCAAGUAGCUCAACACAAUUGAACAGAAAAACAUGUUUUUUCUUUCACCCCGAUCUAGGUUAGUCGAAACACGUCUCUGUCUUGCGUCGCCUCGGAUAGACCCCGCUCCUCCCAAUGUCGUUCACCGCCUGCGGUACACACACGUUAGCAUUCAAAGAGAAAUUACAAUGGUUUUAAACAUUCCUCUGACUUCUGUUCCUGCAGGAUCUGGGCUGGGCUGCCUGUCGUUUAUCUGUGGCGGCGGGGUAGUGUCACCUUCGCUAUCACUCUCCCAGGACCCAGACGCCGGCUCUGUCGCGUUUGACGAGGACUGACUCAUUUUAAAAGCAGGGAGGACCCAAGAGGGCCAUUCAGAGCUGUUUACACCUGAGAACGUUUUGUGCUAAGUAGAUAAUGUUCUUGUGUUUUGUUGAAGUUUAAAGCUCACAGUUUUGAACAGGAAUCAUAACACUUUCUACCAGUAUACACGCACAAUGUGUGAAGGAAUGUGUGAGCUGUUGCCAGCGCAUACAUGCUUGUGGGGAUUACAUUGCACGCAGGGUAUUUGAUGGUACUUUUCGGACAGGUAUACUACGUUGCUUAUAUUGCGCUGCAUUAAAUCACCUUCACAUAAAAGUAAUAAUACGUGUACGGGUUACUAAAUCAGCUCCCAGGGAGAUGAGUGGCAUUUGGGCUUUGCUGAAACACGCUUGUUGAGUCUGUGCCCGGAUCCAGAAGGAAUAGGAAAACAGAAACAGCAGACAAUAGGCCACCGCAGCAUGUCUGCUACGGGCUGAUGCAUUAAAGAGUGUAAUGAUGCCGACAGAUUGAUGACUGGCUCUGACAGUGAUAGCCUCGCUCUAUAAAUUCCUCAUCUCCCCCGCCCCUAAAGGGCAUGGUUUGGAAGAGGCCUACAAAGGCAUGUGCUUCCCAGCACUUAACUCAUUUUGCAGGAGACUAAAGAGACAUUGUUUUAGUUUGGUACUUCUGGAGGGUAAGUAACAUAAUUGAGGGGUUUGUUGUGUAAUUACACAUAACUUCCUUAGUGUGAUAUCGAUAGAGCGGGAGACUAAUUACUCUUAAUCGAUUAUAUGUGUACUUUGUCCUUCACUCUCAGCCAACCACCAAUCACGUCGGUAAGACCCCGUUCAUCGCUCAAGAUGUGGCUCGUUCUCCUGGUGGUCCUGUGCCUCCAACGCCCGACGGACAUCCUGGUCCACGGCGAGACGGACGCCCAGCAGCCGUCCGAAGAAGGGUCCGCGGGACCCGGGUUAGUGGAGGGUCUGCGCUCCAACCACACGCCCGGGACCCCCCCACCGGACGGAGCCAGGCCUCCACCGGCACCCCCCAUGUGCCUGCAGGCGACGGGCAUCAGGGACACCUUCAAGUCGGUGAACACGCUGGUGUCCCUGCUGGUGUUCGUCACGGGGACGGUGGGCAACGCGGCGCUGCUGCGGAUCAUCCACGCCGACCGCGGCAUGCGCAGCGGGCCCAACGUGCUCAUCGCCAGCCUGGCCGCCGGGGACCUCAUACACAUCGUGAUCGACGUACCAAUCAACGCGUACCGGCUGAUGGCGGAGGACUGGCCGCUGGGCGCCGUGGUCUGCAAGCUGGUGCCCUUCAUCCAGAAGACCUCCGUGGGCGUCACCGUGCUGAGUCUGUGCGCGCUGAGUGUCGACAGAUAUCGAGCGGUCGCAUCCUGGAAUCGAGUCAAAGGCGUCGGAGUCUCGACGUGGACGGCGGUAGAGAUAGCUCUGAUAUGGGUUGUUUCCAUCGCGCUGGCAGUGCCCGAAGGCCUGGGCUUUGACCUGAUAACAAUGGACUAUAAAGGGAAGCAUCUGAGGAUAUGUCUGCUCCAUCCUGUCCAGACAACACACUUCAUGCAGUUCUACAAGCUGGUGAAGGACUGGUGGCUGUUCGGCUUCUACUUCUGCAUGCCGCUUCUCUGGACGGCGGUCUUCUACACUCUGAUGUGCAGGAGGCUGCGCAGGACCUCUGAGAACAGCCUCAACACCCACCACAAGCAGAGGCGCGAGGUGACCAAGACGGUGUUCAGCCUGGUCCUGGUUUUCGCUGUGUGCUGGUUCCCGCUUUACCUCAGCAGAAUCCUCAAACAGACCAUUUACGACCAGAAGGAUCCCAACAGAUGCCAGCUUCUCAGUGUCUUCCUCGUGCUGGACUACUUUGGCCUCAACAUGGCCUCGAUCAACUCCUGCAUCAACCCCAUCGCUCUGUAUAUCGUCAGCAAGAGAUUCAAGAAAUGCUUCAAGGCGUGUCUGUGCGGCUGGCGCCCGUCUCCUCCAGCCGGUAGCAACGAGGAGCAGCAGUCUGUCACCAAGUCCAAGGGGCAGGAGGAGGAGCCCGGCAACAUCAAAGCCCUGCAGCAGCACCUGGCCACGCCCCCACCUGAGGCGCAGCAGCCCCGCCCCCCGGCUCCAUGACUGCACUGGGACACGCCCCCGGCCCCAUUAAACAGAACGCUCAAAACCAAACACCUCGUAUGUAAGGAGCGGCCCGUACACAGGCCGGACACGACACGUCGUCACGUUUGUAUAUAUAUUUAUCUUCGUCCUUCUUUGAGCCACCGACUUGUUAGCUAACGUCGCUGUGGAGGAACACAGAGAGGGGUUUACAGCCCCCCCCCCC